UUCUGCACACAGUUUCAGUUUUGGUAGCAACGUCCCGUGCCUUGUUGACAACGUCCAGCAAGGCCGGGGUUGCCUUAACUGCAAGCUGUGUCCUGAAAACAGAAGAGACAGAAGUAACAAAAAGACAUUUUGCAAAUUGGUCUGAAGAGCAGUGUCCUGGGAGCUCCCAGAGAUGAUGCUCUUCUUCCUCUCUUGCCUGCUGGCUGUCUUUCCAGCGGUCUCCACGAAGAGUCCCAUAUUUGGGCCCCAGGAUAUAAGCAGGGAGGAAGGCGGUUCAGCUUCCAUCAAGUGUUUCUAUCCAGCUACCAAUGUCAACAAACAUACCAGAAAGUAUUGGUGCCGGCAGGGACCCACUGGCUCAUGUGUAACCCUCAUCUCCUCACCAACCUAUGUAUCAAAGGACUAUGAAGGCAGAGCCAAACUUACUGACUUCCCAGAGAGCAACUACUUUGUGGUGGAAAUUUCCGGUCUUACUAAGGAUGAAUCUGGGCUCUACAAAUGCGGUCUGGGCAAUAAUAACCGAGGCCUGUCCUUUGAUGUAAACCUGAAGGUCGAUAAAGCUGUUGUGCUCCCAGAUGACACUGAAGUCUACAAAGCAGACCUGAGUGAAAACCUGCAAAUUGACUGCCCUUUCUCAAGAACAAAUUUUUUUAAAAAGAAGUCAGUGUGCAAAAAAACAGACCAGGAUCAGGAAUGCAUCCCAGUCAUUGACAGUGAAAAUUAUAUAAACCCUGCUUAUGGCAAUAGAGUAGCCCUUCGUUAUCCUGGUGGUACUGGUGGAACACACUUCAUUUUUGUCAUCAACCAGCUUCAGCUCACAGAUACUGGAAUAUAUGUCUGCCAGGCUGGGGACUUACCUGAUGCUGAUAAGAAAAAUUUCUACUUACAAGUGCCAAAACCUAAGCCUGAACCUGAACUGGCUUAUGGAGAUCUGAGGGGCUCAGUGAUCAUUGAUUGUAAUUUGGACCCCUCGGUGGCAAAUGAUGCCAAAUUUCUGUGCAAGAAGAACAAUGAGAAAGGCUGUAAUGUGGUCGUUAACACCAUGGGGGUGACGGAUCAGGCCUUUCAGGGCAGGGUCCUGCUCACUCCAAAAGACAAAGGCUCUUUCAGUGUGACAAUCAACGGUCUGAGGAAGGAGGAUGCAGGGCACUACCUGUGUGGAGCCAGCUCUUAUGGUGAGCCUCAGGAAGGAAAAUCUACCCAAGCCUGGCAACUCUUCGUUAAUGAAGAGUCUACAGUGUCCCUUAGUUCCUCUGUGGUAAAAGGUGUGGAAGGAGGCUCUGUGGAUGUGCACUGCCCUUACAAUCCUAGAGAAAGAAAUAGCGUGAAGUCCUUGUGUCGCUGGGAAGAUGGUAACAAUUGCCAAGUGUUGGUGCAGAGUGACGGGCUGCCCCAGGAACAAAUCAAGACUUAUCAGGGAAGGCUUUCUCUGAAUGAAGAAUCAAGAAAUGGUAUCUACACAGUCAAAUUCAACCAACUGACCACUAAAGAUGCUGGAUUCUACUGGUGUCAGACCAACGGUGAUAGGCGUAGGAUGUCAGUGGUGGAACUCAAGGUUGUUGAAGCACCCAAAGAUAUUAGUCAAAUGAAUGCUGUUCCUGGGGAGAAGGCUGUGGAGUCCAAUGUCAGGGAGACUGAGAACAAAGCCAUCCCGGAUGCCGACCUUGUUAUGGAAGACAGAGCAUUGGAAGGAAUGAAAAAUCCAGUUGACGGUAGCAGUUCAUCCACAGAUACUGGCAGCUCUGCGGGACAAGGCGGAAGCACCACUGUUCUGGUCUCCACCCUGGUGCCCCUGGCCCUGGUGUUGGCAGUGGGGGCUGUGGCACUGGGAGUGGCCAGAGCCAGGCAUAGAAGAAAUGUUGACCGGAUUUCAAUUAGAAGCUAUAAAACAGACAUUAGCAUGUCAGACUUAGAGAACCCCAGGGAAUUUGGAGCCAAUGACAACCCGGGAGCUUCUCCAUUCAGUCAAGAGACACCUGUUGAUGGAAAUAAUGAGUUCGCCACUAUCACAGACGACACCAUGGAGACCAUGGAAUCCAAGGAGGCGAAAAGGUCAUCCAAGGAGGAAGCUGACAUGGCCUACACCAACUUCGUUCUUCAGUCAAACAAUAUUGCUGCCAAUGUCCAAGAUAGACCCAGUGAAGUCUAGACUGAGUGCCAGCUGCCCUCUUCCUUCAUUCAUCACAAUCUUCAGAAUCACAUUGAUCCUUCUGGUCCUCAGCCCUAGGGGGUCUCAUUCAUAUCCCAUUUAGGCUUUUCCUAUUUAGCCUAGUCUUUUCUAAGUUCCCUCCUAAGUGAAAUCCAAGCCUUUCCUGGGCUACUUGUUCCUGCUGGGAUGCUACUUUUUCCUGUUCUCACAUCAUCUAACAAUGAUAGAUGUUAUAUCUGAGAUCCUGAGAUCCUGAAAAGUAAAUAAAUUGUUCAAUGGCAUUAAGAGAAAUAUACUACUGUGAAAACUGGA